AGCGUGUGUUCCUUCCAAGCCUGGUCAGAUGCUGCAUACGAUUAACGUUACUGCAACUGCAAGGAAGCCGUAGCAAGACGUUUCGACUCGAACAGGGGUUUUGUGGUGUGUUUUCUGUGUAACUCCAUCCAGCAUUGUACGAUCGUAUAAGAGUCGGAUUGUCAACAUCAGAGUUCUUCACUGGGAGACGGAUCGGCUCCAAGUUUCAUCUGAGUCAUCGUUUCUGGGACCGUUUCUCCUUCGUGCUUUCCGGGAAGUGCACUGUUUGGGAGAGGCAGGAGAGCCGUGCGCUGCUUAAAAGACUGCGAUGCACCGCUUAAGGACUUGUGCUGCACGCUUGCGGCCUCUCACGGCCUCACAGACUGCCCAAAGCGCUUCUUCUCAGACGCGGCCGGCGGCAGCGGGCGCCCCAAGGACGUUCCAGCACAUCCGGUGCUACACGGCGCCCGUCGCUGCCGAGCCCUUCCUCAAUGGAACAAGUUCGAACUAUGUUGAGGAAAUGUACUAUGCCUGGCUGGAGAACCCCAAGAGUGUGCACAAGUCUUGGGAUAUAUUUUUCCGUAACGCUAAUGCGGGUGCCCCCCCGGGCACGGCGUACCAGAGUCCUCCCCCGUUGGGCGUGAGUCUGUCGGGUCUCUCCCAGGCCCAGGCCCUGGUGGGGGCCCAGCCCAACGUGGAGAAGCUGGUAGAGGAUCACCUCGCCGUCCAGUCCCUCAUCAGGGCUUACCAGAUUCGUGGGCAUCAUGUUGCCCAGUUGGACCCCCUCGGGAUUAUGGACGCCGAUCUCGAUUCGUGCGUCCCCACCGAUAUAAUAACGUCGUCGGACAAGCUUGGGUUCUACGGUCUGGACGAGUCGGACCUGGACAAGGUGUUCCGGCUGCCCACCACCACCUUCAUCGGGGGCAGCGAGAGCGCCCUACCCCUCAAGGAGAUUAUCCGCCGUCUGGAGAUGGCGUACUGCCAGCACAUCGGCGUGGAGUUCAUGUUCAUCAACGACCUGGACCAGUGCCAGUGGAUCCGGCAGAAGUUUGAGAAGCCCGGGGUCAUGCAGUUCAGCCUGGAGGAGAAGAGGACGCUGCUGGCCCGCAUGGUCCGCUCCACCAGGUUUGAGGAGUUCCUGCAGAGGAAGUGGUCGUCUGAGAAGCGCUUCGGUCUGGAGGGCUCCGAGUCGCUCAUCCCCGCUCUGAAGACCAUCAUCGACAAGUCCAGCGAGAACGGCGUGGAGAGCGUCAUCAUGGGCAUGCCCCACAGGGGCCGUCUGAAUGUGCUGGCCAACGUGAUCAGGAAGGAGCUGGAGCAGAUCUUCUGCCAGUUUGACUCCAAGCUGGAGGCCGCAGAUGAGGGCUCUGGGGACGUCAAGUACCACUUGGGCAUGUUCCACCGGCGCAUCAACCGCGUGACUGACCGCAACAUCACGCUGUCGCUGAUGGCCAACCCGUCCCACCUGGAGGCCGUGGACCCCGUGGUGCAGGGCAAGACCAAGGCCGAGCAGUUCUACUGCGGAGACACCGAGGGCAACCGGGUGAUGUCCAUCCUGCUUCACGGAGAUGCAGCCUUCGCUGGUCAGGGCAUCGUUUACGAGACCUUCAAUCUGGGUGACCUCCCCUCAUACACCACGCACGGCACCAUCCACGUGGUGGUCAACAACCAGAUCGGCUUCACGACUGACCCGCGCAUGGCCCGCUCCUCGCCCUACCCCACGGACGUGGCGCGCGUGGUGAACGCGCCCAUCUUCCACGUGAACGCGGACGACCCCGAGGCCGUCAUGUACGUGUGCAACGUGGCCGCCGAGUGGAGAGCCACCUUCCACAAGGACGUGGUCGUCGACCUGGUGUCAUACCGGCGUAACGGGCACAACGAGAUGGACGAGCCCAUGUUCACCCAGCCCCUGAUGUACAAGCAGAUCAAGAAGCAGAAGCCCGUGCUGCAGAAAUAUGCCGAGAAGCUCAUCGCCGAGGGAGUGGUCACCCGGCAGGAGUACGAGGAGGAGAUCGCCAAGUACGACAAGAUCUGUGAGGAGGCCCACGCACGCUCCAAAGAUGAGAAGAUCCUCCACAUCAAGCACUGGCUGGACUCCCCAUGGCCUGAUUUCUUCACCCUGGACGGCCAGCCUAAGAGCAUGAGCUGCCCCUCUACUGGUCUGACCGAGGAGGAGCUCAACCACAUCGGCAAGAUCGCCUCAUCUGUGCCCGUGGAAGACUUCACCAUCCACGGAGGUCUGAGCCGUGUGCUGAAGGGCCGUGGCAACAUGGUGGAGAACCGUCUGGUGGACUGGGCGCUGGGAGAGUACAUGGCCUUCGGCUCGCUGCUGAAAGAGGGCAUCCACGUGCGCCUCAGUGGACAGGACGUGGAGAGAGGAACUUUCAGCCAUCGGCAUCACGUUCUUCAUGACCAGAAUGUGGACAAGAAGGUUUGCAUCCCCAUGAACCACAUCGCCCCCAACCAGGCCCCCUACACCGUCUGCAACAGCUCCCUCUCUGAGUACGGCGUGCUGGGCUUCGAGCUGGGCUUUGCCAUGGCCAGCCCCAACGCUCUGAUCCUGUGGGAGGCCCAGUUCGGGGACUUCCACAACACGGCCCAGUGCAUCAUCGACCAGUUCAUCAGCCCGGGCCAGGCCAAGUGGGUCCGCCAGAACGGCAUCGUGCUGCUGCUGCCCCACGGCAUGGAGGGCAUGGGUCCUGAGCACUCUUCUGCCCGCCCUGAGAGGUUCCUGCAGAUGUGCAACGAUGACCCCGAUGUCUUCCCUUCCAUCGCUGGGGACUUUGCCGUCCAACAGCUGUACGACUGCAACUGGAUCGUAGUCAACUGCUCCAAUCCAGGCAACUACUUCCACGUGCUGCGUCGACAGAUCCUGCUGCCCUUCCGCAAACCCCUCAUCGUUUUCACCCCCAAAUCCCUCCUGCGCCACCCAGAGGCCAAGUCCAGCUUCGACGACAUGCUCCCAGGGACACACUUCCAGCGCAUCAUCUCAGACCAGGGUCCGGCCUCCCAGAACCCUGAGGGGGUGAAGCGCGUGAUCUUCUGCACAGGGAAGGUGUACUACGAGCUGGCACGCGAGCGCAAGGAGCGCGGCAUGGAGGACACUGUUGUCAUCACUCGUGUUGAGCAACUGUCUCCGUUCCCCUUCGACCUGGUGAAGGCCGAGACGGACAAGUACCCAAAUGCUGACCUGCUGUGGAGCCAGGAGGAGCACAAGAACCAGGGUUACUAUGACUACGUCAAGCCCCGCAUCCGUACCACCAUCGACCGCAGCCGCCCCGUCUGGUAUGCUGGCCGUGGGCCCGCAGCAGCCCCAGCCACUGGUAACAAGAAGACCCAUCUGCACGAGCUGGAGCGCUUCAUGGAUACGGCCUUCAACCUCAACGCCUUCGAGGGCCAGUCCUAGCCCCCCUCCCCCUCCCCGCUCCCCCAGCCUCCCCCCUCCCCCUCCGCUCUCCUCUACAAGCCUCUGCAGUACCGUCCCCCCUACCCAAAUCACCCCUGCUAUUCACCUUUUCAAACACAAUUGAAAAAAAAAAAACAUAUACAUAUAUAUACACACAUUCCGUGUUUAUGUAUAUAUAUACACCUGUAUAACCGGCCAGAUGCUCUGGAGUUCUAAGGCCCAGGGGUUCUAACCAAUGGCCUUCAAAACAGCCCAAAGAGAGCAAUAACUUUGCAAAGCUGUGGAGAUAAGAUCACGGCAAUCAUGCCCACCCUAGACCAGACAUCUCACCUAGUGCAAGUCGACGCAAAUGUCUAAUUCCUUCCUGCGCCAUCCAAAACACACAUACACACACAUACACUGGUUAGAUCUCAGUCCCUUUUGACGCUGGGCAGCCCAUUUAGUAGUGCGGGAAACAGCACUCUCAGAGUACGUUUGCUUAGUUUGGGAGAGCACUUUGAGUAUCACAAGUCUUAAGCAUGUUUCCCUGCCAACGACCCCUUUAGCUGCGGAGUCGGAGUCUAAAAUGCAUUGCAUUCUGGGAGUUAUCUGCUUACGGCCGUGAUUAUGACCUCACAACCUUUUGCUCCUCUUCCGUUUUUUUUUUCUUUUCUUUUCUUUUUUUUUUUUUACAAUAAUUAUUAUUAUUAUUGCUAUUUAUGUUAUGACUGUAUACUUUUAAGGAGCACUGCUAGAAAAGACAAAAAAAAAAAUACAUUACAGGAAAGAAAAAAAACGCUAUUUUUUUUUGCCAUUUUUAGGGGGAUACCUCAUCAGACGCACACCAUAGUGCUCCCUCAGUGGGGCAUGGCUUAUCUAUGAAUUGACAGGUGUUACAAUGAGGAAUGUAUGUAACAAUAAACCUUUUUUUUCAAGUACAA